AAAUAUUCAAUGACUGUUAGUUUAACCAUAACUCCAAGUCGGGCGAGCGAAAAUGGGGUUCGAGUUUCCCUACGAAUUGCGGUGUUGGUGGGAGUACACCAUCAUCUUCUUCCUCCGGCCUCUUCUCGCGAUUCUCUUCAUCUUCUCUUUAAUCCUCCUCAGCUGGUUUGUGGCGUGGAAGACGGUGCUGGUUCACGUGCCGUUGGUGCAGGAAAUUUUCGGUCUCCGCAAGAAACCCGUCAGGCCCAAGCCUCCGAACCGCCACCGUUUUUCUCGGUUCUACAACUCCAAUUCAUCUAUCAGGUCUGUCGUCCUCUUAGGUUUAUUAUGUGUAAAUUUCGAUGCCGUAGUCUUAUUAUUCCACUCUAUAAUGCCCGUCACAAGUUGGAGCGGGACUUGAUCUGUUUUUCUAAUCAUAGGAUGGUCAAUAAAUUGAUUACUUCCUUGUGAGAAGGGAUGGAAUUCUAUGACUGUGUUGUGCAAUAUUAGGGCUGUAAGUGGGCCAAGCUCAACUGGAGGGCAUAGCCCUGUUGAACAUGAUUUGAGUUCUAAAAUUUCAUUGAAGCUUGUAUAAUGGUUAAGCUUGUUUGAUAGUUUUUUAUGUCUUAAGCUGAAAUAGAUCA